AAAACAACGGUCUUCAUUACACUCGGGGUAAACAGGAGCAGCGCAAGCUGCUGCUGCCACUCAACCCAGAGCGAUGCUUUGGUUCAUGAACGUCCUAAACGUCGAAGAGGAAACUUUAAACCGCAGCAAACCUCUACAAAACGUAAAACACCCCGGUUUUCACAUGUCCAUCAAUGCUCAAUGACCAGUGAAGAACUGGAGCUGCUAAAGACUGGUGAAGUAUUCCCAGUAACAGGCUUCAAGAAAAAAGACAGCUGCAGUCAAGAUGGCUGACGCCCUCGUGCUUGUGCAACUAAAGGCCAACAGAAAUACAGCCAAGCGCCAGUUCUCCCGUCUGGCCAACAAUGUGCAAAGAAUGUACACGGUGAUGUCCGAAGAGGAACUCAAAGACAGUUUUAAAACACUAACAAUAGAAGCCAAUAAAGUUUUUGAAGCCAAUGACGAUGUGGAAGACCAGUAUGCUGCAGAAUCACAACUAGAGGGAGGCACGCUUACAGAGGAGCAGAGGGCAGAUUUGGAGAAGACAAAAAGUGAGUGUGAAAAUAGACUAGAUGAACUGAAAGGGAUAAUUCUGACAACUCUCUGGGCUAAAUAUGGAGAAGAGGAGUUAAAAAUGGUAGUAGAAACAGCAGAGUCAGAGGCAGUGCGAGUUGGAGCUAUUGAACCCAAUGAAGAUGAAGAAGGCUAUGAUUUCAUGGUAAAGCACCUGGGGAUGCUGGUCGGAAGAGCCAAAACUCUCCACACACAGUGGAAGAGCUGGGCCCCUUCUACAGACCAGAAGGACCUACAGUCUCGUGUGAGUGAUCUGGAACGAGCACUUCUGAAGGUAACUGCUAGAAAAGUGCAGUUCAUUCAAGUCAGGGUCAAAGACAGACUGAACCCGACCACCUUUGACUUCAGUGCAACACCAGCCAUAAAACUGAACACAUCCUUACUUCCCAAGUUUCUUGGCAGCAAAUGUGACUUCUACCACUGGAAGAAGGACUGGGAAGAACAGCAGGAACAAGGAGCAAGAGAAGUUAAAAAACACCAACUACUCAACAGCAUAGAUGACAGAACAGUAAGAGAUCUUCGCUUGUCAACCUGUACCAGUGCCAAUGACAUUUUCAGAGUUCUUCAUAAUCACUUUGGCAACAAGACCUGUGUGAAUGAAGAGACUUCUAAACCAAGGCAUGAUUCAACACAAAAUGGAACCACAGUGUCAUCCAGUCUUUCCCCAGGUUGUGUCAUCUGCGGGGAUAACAAGCAUAGUAAACGACUGUAUUUCUGCAAACGAUUCCAAGGACUCAAAAUAUCAGAGAAGAAAGAUGCUGUAAGAAAAUUGGGGGCAUGUAUAAAGUGCCUCGAUAUCCACAGUGAGCAUGACAAUUGCAAAGAAGAAUUUUUCUGUAAUCGAACAGAAUGCAGCAAAAGCAAAGAGCAUCACUUCCUGCUGUGUCCCAGACCUGUUCCAAAGACCAGGGUCAGUGCAGUUGGAGGUGACAGUAAUAAGAGUUACACAGAAGCCCAGAAAGAGUUUGUUAAAAAACUCCCUUCAGGACGUGCCAAAGAAAACAACCAUGUUUUUAGCAACUCCAUGACCAAAACCUCCAAUGCAACAAGCAACCAGUCUGCUGGAGAAUGGUUUGGAGGAGUUUCCCGUGAAAAUGAUGCUGCUCGAGGUAACGGCCAACGAUGGGUAAAAGAUUGGCAAGCUCACCGACCUGGCGCCAGAUACAAAUCAUAUAACUCACAGUCCAGCCAAAAACCUCAACCUCAAAAGUGAAGACAUCAUAUUUAUGGACCAUGUUAAUCCAGGUCUAUGCCUAAAAUGGUGCAUUCAAACUAUUGCUGUUAAUCUGCUACAGAAGUGACAAAAAACCCACAGUGGACUAUAUUCUGUCUUUGAAUGAAAUGCUAAAAUAUAUAGCAAAAACCUGUGGACUGAGGGAUCACACUUGCCAAAAAUAUUGCAAAGAGUUGUGGUUAAAACAAAUAUGAUUAAAACUACAUUUGAUGAAGAAUGUUUGCUAAAAUAUAAAAUACUGAAAGUUUGACUUGACUAUAAUACGUUAUGGUAAGA